AGAGUAACUAGAAGAACUUGAGUAUUGCCUUUAGAGUACUGCCUAUAUAUAAACUUAAGUAGUUUAUAUAAUAACAUUUAGAGUACUGCCUUUCUUUGUUUCUUUCUCUUUUACAGUACUGGUAAGCUUUUCCUUAAUUUUCUAUGUGUUUUGGUUGAUGAUUAUUAGGAUGACUUCAUUCUCGGUAGACGAGACUUCAAAUCAGAGUUGUUCUAGUCCAGUGUUAGGAAAAAGAAAACCGGUUAAACCACCAUCAUCGGUAUGGGAACAUUUUAUAAAAGUAGAAGGAUGUGAUCCUAAAUAUCCUAGGGCUGCUUGUAAACAUUGUGGGGCUUCAUAUGCUUGUGAUUCCAAAAGAAAUGGUACCACUAAUUUAAAAAGACAUUUAGAGAAAUGUAAGAUGUAUGUAAAUCCAUUGGAAGAUAAUGUUGAAGGAGAGGGAGAUUCUGAAAGUAAUUUGAUGACUGCAUCAUUCACUCAAGAAAAUUGUAGAAAAAUGCUUGCUAGGAUGGUUAUCUUGGAUGAAUUGCCAUUUAAGUUCGUAGAAAGUGAAGGGUUUCACCAAUUUUGUCGGACAUUAAAUCCAAAGUUUGUGAUUCCAUCAAGAGUAACCGUUGCAAAAGAUUGUUUUCAAAUGUAUAUGAAGGAGAAAAAAAAGUUAAAAAAUGCAUUAACUCGAAGUGGCCAAAGAGUUUGUUUAACAACGGAUACGUGGACUUCUGUGCAAAAUAUUAAUUAUAUGGUUAUAACGGCUCAUUUCAUUGAUGAUGAUUGGAACUUGCACAAAAGAAUUUUGAACUUUUGUCAAGUAGCUAAUCAUAAAGGAGAUACCAUAGGUAGAGCCAUUGAAAAGUGCUUAGAAGGUUGGGGUAUUGAUAGGCUCUUUACUGUAACGGUUGAUAAUGCGAGUUCAAAUGAUGUAGCCAUUGCCUACUUGGUUAAAAAGUUUAAAGGCAGAAAUGGGUUGGUGUUGGAUGGUGAAUUUAUUCACAUUAGAUGUUGUGCUCAUAUUCUUAAUUUAAUUGUUAGUGAUGCCUUAAAAGAUUUGCAUGUGUCUAUCAUUCGAAUCAGAAAUGCUGUGAAGUAUGUUAGGUCAUCUCCUGCUAGAUUGCAAAUAUUUAAAGAUUUUGCUAAAGAAGAUAAGAUGUCAACAAAAAAUUGUCUUACAAUGGAUGUUCCGACACGAUGGAAUUCUACUUUUACUAUGUUGGAUGGAGCAAUUAAGUGUCAAAAGACUUUUGAAAGAUUGGAGGAGCAUGACCCUAGUUAUUUGCCAAAGGAUGAUAUUCCUACUACUGAAGAUUGGGAUAAUGCCAAAGUGUUUGUAAAGUUCCUAAAGACUUUUUCAGAGGUAACAAUGAAGUUUUCUGCAUCUAUGUCUGUGACUUCAAAUAUAUUUUUUCAUGAACUUUGUUUGAUCCAAGAAAUAAUUCGUGAAUACUCAUCGUAUGAGAAUGCAUUAUUGAGUCAAAUGACAUUAAGCAUGCAGACAAAAUUCAACAAGUAUUGGGGUAUAACUACAAGUGAGAAGACCAAUUUAUUAUUGUAUGUUUCUGUAGUUCUUGACCCUAGGUACAAGCUAGCUUAUGUGAAUUAUUGUUUUAAUGAAUUUUUGGAGGAAGAUUGUGCAAAAAUAUGGACAAAUAAGGUUGAAGAAGCAUUUCGUCGAUUGUGUGAUGAUUAUUAUAUGAGAAUGUCAAAAGAAAAAUAUUCGCAAACACAAUCAUGUACACCUAUCGAAGGAUUUGGCUUUCAAAGUCAAAGUGAAAUACCUUCUAUCUCAUCUAGUGGAUCUUACAAGGCACGUGCUACUGUUCAUGAUAGAUUUAAACAAAGUAACAAAACAUGUCUAGAUGAUGCUAAAACAGAGGUGACUCGUUAUCUGGAUGAGGCUCGUAUAGAUUGUAUGGGCGAUGAAUAUUUAGAUUUGCUAACUUGGUGGAAGGUGAAUGCCUCUCGAUUUAAGAUCAUUAGCCAAGUAGCUAGGGACAUCUACAGUAUUCCUAUAUCAACUGUGCCUUCUGAGUCCGCCUUUAGCACUGGAGGACGGGUGUUAGAUUCUUUUCGAAGUUCUUUAACUCCUCAAACUGCAGAGGCACUCAUUUGUGCUCAGAAUUGGAUUCAGUCUAAACCUUUGGAUGACAUGACUGAAGAAAUUGACGGGGCUGAAGAAAUUGAUGAAGAAUUCAUAAACAUAGGAAAGGAGAUGGAAGCUGCAUUUGAGAAUUUGAAUAAUGACUCUAUGAGUCUUGAAGCUCAAUGAUGGAAGCACUUUGGGUUAUACGAACAAGGUGGUCUCGUGAAGAUGUUCAUUAAUUCAUACCUUCCCAAUUGUAAACUUUGUUCAUGAGGUUCCUUGGUUAACCUUCUUUAUAUAAAAGAAACAAAAGAAGGGCUGAGAGAUUAUUGGUUGUUUGUUUGUUUUGUUUUUUGUUUUAGUUGAUUUCAUGGUGGUUUCGUUGAACCGGUAACUUACUGAUUUUCUUGUUCUUGUCAUCUUCAUCAAGUUUUUUUGACCAAUUUGUUGGUUUGGUUUUUAUUGUCUUCCAUGCGUUUGUAAAAGUUCCCCAGUGUUUUUCAAAAUUCCUUUGUUAUCUUUUAUACUCUCUACUUUCAAUCUAUCUGAAACAUGGAUUUAGCGAAUGCGGGCGAGGUUGGCAAGGCUCCGGUGGCUAAUCAAGUAGCUGAUGUUGUUUCUGCUAAAUCUAGCAAUACCCAAGAGAAUGAAUUGGGUUCAAAGUUGGGGACAGGAAGCAAAAGCAAUAGGGAUAUGGUAUUUCAAAGGUAUAUUUACAGAUCCUGGAUCACAUUUUGUCAGGUUCUGCUUCUUUAUUCGUAAUUGUCAAAGUCCUUAAGUUCACUACUUGAAUAUUUGAGGCUAAUGUAAUUUCCAGAAGUUCUAUACAAAUCUUUAAUCUUAUUUUUUUGUCCUUCUCAUGA